AUGGGUUCUGACGCGGACAUGGAGGACUAUGGGUUCGAGUACUCAGAUGAUGAAACCGAGGAGCAGGACGUCGAUAUAGAGAACCAGUAUUACAACUCUAAAGGUUUAGUAGAAACAGAUCCAGAGGAAGCACUUGCUGGUUUUGGUGAAGUAGUUCGGAUGGAACCUGAUAAAGCAGAAUGGGGAUUCAAAGCUCUAAAGCAGACUGUUAAGCUCCACUAUCGAUUGGGGAGGUAUAAAGAGAUGAUGGAAGCAUAUAGGGUCAUGCUAACAUACAUCAAAUCAGCUGUUACAUGUAACUACAGUGAAAAACGCAUAAACAACAUAAUGGAUUUCAUUUCUGGCUCUGCAAGCUGGAAUUUCAGUCUUCUACAGGAGUUCUAUCAAACUACACUGAAUGCACUUGAAGAGGCAAAGAAUGAGAGAUUAUGGUUUAAGAUGAAUCUGAAACUUUGCAACAUUUGGUUUGAUAUGGGUGAAUGUGGACGGAUGAACAAGUUAUUGAAAGAACUUCACAAAUCUUGUCAAAAAGAGGAUGGCACUGAUGAUCAGAAGAAAGGCACUCAGCUUCUGGAAGUCUAUGCUAUUGAGAUUCAGAUGUACACUGAAACAAAGAACAAUAAAAAACUCAAGCAAUUGUACCAGAACGCCCUUUCAAUAAAAUCAGCAAUGCCACAUCCGCGAAUCAUGGGCAUAAUCCAUGCAUGUGGUGGGAAAAUGCAUAUGGCUGAACGACAGUGGGCGGCAGCAGCCACUGAUUUCUUUGAUGCAUUCAAGAACUAUGAUAAGGCUGGGAAUCAGCAUCGUAUCCAAUGCCUUAAAUACUUGGUUCUAGCCAAGAUGUUAAUGGAAUCUGAAGUGAAUCCAUUUGACGGGCAGGAGGCAAAGCCCUACAAAAAUGACCCUGAAAUCUUAGCAAUGACAAAUCUCAUGGCAGCAUAUCAGCGAAAUGAGAUACUUGAGUUUGAAAAGAUCUUGAAUACUAAUAGAAGAACUAUUAUGGAUGAUCCUUUCAUCCACAACUACAUUGAGGAUCUAUUGAAGAACAUCAGAACUCAAGUUCUGCUCAAGCUCAUUAAGCCAUAUACCAGAAUACGAAUCCCUUUCAUUUCAAAGGAACUGAAUGUGCCAGAGAAAGAUGUUGAGCAGCUCUUGGUCUCCUUGAUUCUCGACAACCGUAUUCAGGGUCACGUUGACCAAGUCAACAAGCUAUUACAGCGUAGUGACAGGUCAUCAUUGUGUAGCUAUACUGCUAUGGACAAAUGGAAUACUCAACUCCAGUCCCUGUACCAAACCAUAAGCAACUGA